AUGAGUUGUUUUGCUCUCCCAGUUUCGUUUUGUUCAGAUAUGCAAGGAAUAAUCUCGCGAUUUUGGUGGAGUGGGUCAGAGGAGAAGAAAAAAAUCCCUUGGGUUAGUUGGAAUUCAAUUUGCAAAGCGAAGAAAAAUGGGGGUCUCGGGUUCAGAAAUUUGAGAGCUUUCAACCAAGCCAUGCUAGCUAAACAAGCGUGGCGAUUGAUUCAGAAUCCUAACUCUCUUUGUGCAAAAUUUUUAAAGGCGAAGUACCAUCCUCAAUCUGAUUUUCGUAAUGUUAGUUUGAGAAGGGGAUCGAGCUUCGUGUGGCAGAGCAUAAUGGAAGGGAAAAAAGUUCUCGACUCGCGGUUGGCCUGGAGAAUUGGCAAUGGAGUGACGGUGAAUGCAGCUAAGGAGAAUUGGAUCACUACGACAAAUAACAUGAAACCUGUGAGCCAGCCGAAUCUGUCGGAUGAUUGUUAUGUCAGUAGUUUCAUAGAUUAA